CAUUAAUAAAUCCCAAAAACAAAGGCCAAAUCAAAGGUUGCUUGAACUCAGAAUGCCCAUCUUGCAAGCAUAAUUGUGCAGUGACAUAUUUCGGAAAGCAGGGAAAACAAACACCACAGGGGCUUUUUGCUACGUGAAACUCCAGUGUCUCUUCCAGAUGUUAACUGCAAAGGCCUUUUCAGGUUUUUCUCCCUUUUAUUUCUUUCACUAGGAAUUUGAAGGAAGGGUUAAAUCCUGCAAAUCUGGCUGCCUAGAGAAGCUGUUUUAAAAAGGGGGGGGGAACGAGAGUUUACUCAUCCAUGAAGUCACUUCCUGUGCUUUCUUUCCUUGGUGGGGUGGGGGGAAGGAAAGUCAGGGAAUUUGAUGGGGAGGGGAGCUGUAGAUUUUAGGGGGAGGAGAAUUGCAGACAGUUCCAAAGAGGCUUGCCAGAGAAGUGGCUGAAGUUAAGAUCUGCACUCCAGGAUAAACUGCAACCGCAUCCAGGAGGACCUUGGGGUGGCGGGAGAGAAAAAUAGAUGGAAGCAGGUGGGACCUCUCUGGAAGUUCAACCCAAAGAGACAGAACCACCCCCAACGAUUCCAGAUGACUCAGAAAGUCAGCCAGAGAGGAAAAUGGCUGCGGCCGAAAAGCAGACGAAUGUAUCCAUCAACAGUGAAGAUAUCGGUCAGGUGAUCCUAGCCGAGUCUCAAGCAGCAGUAGAGCGGAGACAGAAUGAAUGCUACACGUGCGGGAAGAGUUUUUGUUCCAAAUCCCGCCUCAAAGUCCACCAGAGGAUCCACACGGAGAGGCGGCCCUAUCAAUGCCGGGAGUGCGGCAAGGGCUUCCGGCAGAGCGGCCACCUGUCCCAGCACCAAAGGAUGCACACCGGGGAGAGGCGCUACAAAUGUUUGGAGUGUGGGAAAAGCUUUAGCCAGAGCACCUAUUUCAUCUUGCAUCAGAUCACCCACACAGGAGAAAAACCGUUCACUUGUCUGGAGUGCGGGAAGAGUUUCAGCCACAGCCGGAAGCUGACGGUACAUCGCGCCAUCCACACGGGCGAGAGGCCUUACCGAUGUCUGGAGUGUGGGCAGAGUUUCAGCCAAAGCACCCACCUGACUUCCCACCAGAGGAUCCACACCGGAGAGAAGCCGUAUCGGUGCGCCGAGUGCGGGAAGUGUUUCAAUCAGAGCGCUCAUUUGACUCUGCACCGGCGGAGCCACACGGGAGAAAAACCCUACCGGUGCCUGGAAUGCGGGAAGUGUUUCAGCCAGAGCCCGCACUUAACUCUACACCAGAGAAUCCACACCGAGGAGAAAAUUUAUAAGUGCUCCGAGUGCGGGAAAGGAUUCCACCGGAGCGAUCACCUGAUCUCGCACCAGAGGAGUCACACGGGGGAGAAGCCAUAUCGCUGCUCCGAAUGCGGGAAGGGUUUCAGCCGAAGUUCGAUUCUGCAUAAACAUCAGAGAAUCCACAGAGAUGGAGAAACAUCAGUCUGAAUUUUUCUCAACGCUGAACUAGACGGGCAGAACUUUUGAGGGUCUCCGGUUGUUUUGAAGAUUGCUUGAAAGCUUGCAGUCUGGUGCCUAGUUAACCUUUUAAGCCAGGGGUCUCAAUUCAGCAACUUUAAGACUUGUGGACUUCAACUCCCAGAAUUCCUCAGCCUGCCAUGGGAAUUCUGGGAAUUGAA